ACUUUCCAUAUACAAAUGAAAUCCCCCAAACGUCACAAAGAGCUUUGAUUCUUUGAAUCUUCGGACGGCAAUUUUUUUAUUUAUUACUACCGUUUCUUUCCAUGCUUGUUGUCUCUUUUGAUCCGCUAACAUAUAUAAUAAUAUAAUAUCUCCUAUAUUUAUGUUCGUCUAGAAUCCUUCUAUUGCAUUUCCUACAUAGCCAUUUUUCAAAGUUUUUGGUUUUUUUUUUUCAAAGUUUUGAGCUAUGGGAGGUGAAGAUAUUGGAGUCCGCAAUAAUCUCUCGCAAGAGGAGCUCAACUUGGACAAUCAAAAGGUCCAAGCUGAGAAGAAACUUGAUGAUUGGCUGCCAAUAACAUCAUCAAGAGAUGCAAAAUGGUGGUAUUCAGCAUUUCACAAUGUCACUGCUAUGGUUGGUGCAGGAGUCCUCAGCUUGCCUUAUGCUUUGGCACAACUUGGAUGGGGCCCUGGUGUCGCUGUACUUAUCCUCUCAUGGAUCAUAACCCUCUACACUCUAUGGCAAAUGGUCGAAAUGCACGAAAUGGUACCUGGAAAGCGAUUUGAUCGAUACCAUGAGCUCGGUCAAUAUGCAUUUGGAGAUAAGCUCGGCCUUUGGAUCGUUGUCCCUCAACAGCUCGUCGUUGAAGUGGGAGUAAAUAUUGUCUAUAUGGUCACUGGAGGGAAAUCUCUCAAGAAAUUCCAUGAUGUGGUCUGUCCAGAUUGCAAAUCGAUCAAGCUCUCUUUUUUCAUCGUGAUAUUUGGAUCGUGCCAUUUUGUGUUAUCGCAACUUCCUAACUUUAAUUCGAUUUCUGGGGUGUCUCUUGCUGCUGCUGUCAUGUCUCUCAGUUACUCGACCAUCGCCUGGGCGGCUUCUGUUCACAAAGGGCAACAACCAAACGUAGACUACGGCUACAAAGAAUCAACAGCAUCAGGAACAACCUUCGGAUUUCUAAGCGCAUUGGGGGACGUCGCCUUCGCCUACGCUGGCCACAACGUUGUUCUUGAGAUCCAAGCAACAAUUCCAUCUUCACCUGAAAACCCCUCAAAAAAACCAAUGUGGAAGGGUGUUGUAGUCGCUUAUAUCGUCGUUGCCAUUUGCUAUUUUCCUGUUGCCUUGGUUGGAUACUGGGCUUUUGGUAAUUCCGUCGAAGAUAAUAUUCUUAUUACGCUGGAGAAGCCGAGGUGGAUUAUUGCCGUGGCUAAUAUGAUGGUUGUUGUUCAUGUCAUUGGAAGUUAUCAGAUUUAUGCUAUGCCAGUGUUCGAUAUGAUAGAAACAGUUCUUGUUAAGAAAUUCAGGCUACCACCGGGACUUACUCUUCGUUUGCUUGCGAGGAGUGCUUAUGUUGCAUUUACGAUAAUUAUCGGAAUAUGCAUCCCUUUCUUUGGGGGACUCCUUGGGUUUUUCGGUGGAUUUGCGUUCGCGCCAACUACAUAUUAUCUCCCAUGCAUAAUGUGGCUUGCUAUUAAAAAACCCCAAAAGUUUAGCUUAUCUUGGCUCAUAAAUUGGUUCUGCAUCAUUGUGGGAGUUCUGUUGACGGUCUUGGCGCCAAUUGGAGGACUGAGGUCGAUAAUCAAAAGCGCAAGUACUUACAAAUUCUUCUCAUGAGCAAAUGUUGGUGAUUCAGGGAAAAAAAAAAGAAAUUAAUGCUCAUUUGUAUGCUGAAAAUAAUUAUGUUGUUUCAUCAAAUGCCUUAAUUAUGAUUACUUCGAGAUACAGAUCAUAUUGUUCAUUGUUAGUAUGCUGCGUAGUGAAAUAAACAUUUCCAGUGAAAUAAUUAUUCCCCCCUGCUUGUGAUGGUUGUAAUCUGCUACAGUUAUCAGAGAUACAGAUAUUCUUCUUUUA